AUGUACGCUAUGACGUCCAAUCCAGAGUUCAACCAAGACACCACAGGCACCGAAGCGGCCAAAGCUCUCGGGGCAUCAAUCAAGGGAAAGACUGUCGUCAUCACUGGUGUUAGCCCGGCCGGGCUUGGGUUCUCUACGGCUGUAGCGAUCGCUUCUCAGGAGCCAGCGACUCUGAUCCUGGCCUCUCGAACCGCAUCUAAGCUGGAUGCAGCGGCAGCAGAGAUCGAAAAGAAUUCUCCUUCUGUGAAGGUCAAGAAGGUGUCUCUUGAUCUCUCGUCAUUGGAUUCUAUCAAGGAGGCCGCUGCCCAGAUUGAUGCUCUGGUCGACCACGUUGAUGUCCUCAUCAAUAACGCCGGCAUCAGUCACCUAACUAGAGACGCGGUACAGACACCGGGAGACACUUGGGUCGACACCAACUUCUUCACUAACCACCUUGGCCCAUUUUACUUGACAUACCUCCUGCUUCCUAAGCUUCGUGCUGCAGCAAAAGAGGAUGAACCGAAAGGCGCAACCCGCAUUGUCAACCUCAGCAGCCACGGCCAUCGGCUGUCCCCCGUUCGCUUCUACGACUACCAAAUUUACCAUUAUGUCUACGACGGAGUACCGGACAGCCAGAAACCUCCCAAAGGAUUGCCCGAUGGAUUUCUGAGGCUAGUUGAUGGCUACCCUGGAUUCAUCGGCUACGGGCAAUCGAAGACAGCCAACAUAUUGCACGCAACAGAGCUGACCCGACGUUUCAAAAAGAAGGGCGAUAACAUACUCGCCCUAUCAGUCCAUCCUGGGACCAUCGAAACAGAAUUGUCGCGAUAUCUCGACGAAGAGGGAAGAAAAGCGAUUGAUGGCACGGCACCCCACGGCAAGUGGAAGAAUCUGGACCAGGGCGCAGCCACGACGAUUGUCGCAGCAUUUGACCCCAAGCUUGCGGAGCUUGAUAUCGGCGGUGAGGCAUACGGGUACAUGUCAGACUGCCAAUUAGGCGAUGAACAUCUUGCAGAGCAUGCGAAAGACCCAUACAAUGCACAGAUGUUGUUUCACGAGAGCGAGCGCAUGCUGGGGUAUAAGACCGGGCUCUAG